AUGUAUGCAACACAGUUUCAAAAUUACCUCGCCAGUUCAUGGGCUGCCGUAUUGUAUCUCGUCGCCGUAGGUGCCAUUGGUUACUAUCUGUGUGCCAAGAAUGCCCUUUUUGGUCUUGGUAAUGUCAAGCCAACGAAGGAGGAGUAUCAAAAAGUAUAUAACGAAAUCGCGAGCCGUUUAGAAGAGGACUACCAUUAUGAUGAUGGCAGCUACGGUCCUAUUCUAGUUCGUCUUGCGUGGCAUGCUAGUGGUACCUACGAUACGGAAACAGGCACAGGUGGCAGUAAUGGUGCCACUAUGCGAGUCUGCCCCGAGAGUCUCCAUGGUGCUAAUGCCGGACUUAAUAUCGCUCGAAAUUUCCUCGAGGAUGUUAAAACUAAGUUUCCGUGGAUCACUUACGCUGACCUAUGGAUUCUUGGUGGUGUCGCCGCUAUUCAAGAGAUGGAAGGGCCUAUUAUACCAUUUCGACCCGGACGGAAAGAUAGAGACUCCACUUUCUCUCCUCCUGAUGGACGCCUCCCCGACGCAUCUCAGGGAGCUCAACAUCUCCGAACCAUAUUUAACCGCAUGGAUUUCAACGAUCAAGAAAUAGUGGCUCUCUCAGGUGCCCAUAGUCUUGGCCGCUGUCACACUGAUCGACUGGGUUUCGAUGGCCCCUGGACCUACACACCUUCCAGCUUUAGUAACCAAUACUAUGUUAUGCUUACGAGUGACUUUUGGAAAGUUCGCAACUGGGAUGGCCCUCGCCAGUUUCAAGGCAGCUCGAGUCAGACACUUAUGAUGCUUCCUACCGACCUUGCCCUUGUCCAGGACGAAAUGAUGAAGCCAUGGGUUGAGAAGUAUGCCAAUGAUAGCAACCUUUUCUUUCAUGAUUUCAGCAACGUACUGUUGAAAUUGUUUGAGCUUGGUGUGCCAUUUGAGAAAAGCACCGAGAGAUGGACUUUCACUCCUACUCAAGCGCAAAAAUUAGCUAUUUGA